CACUGUAGCCUAGAACAUUAACGUCACGACCGUCAUGAACUCUUUCUUCAACCGCUCGCCUAAACGCGGGCCCAAGACGCGCAAGUCUACCAUCUCAAAGCCCAUGGGCUGCCCACUCGCACCCUCAUCAUCAAUCAUGAACGAUCACCCCAAGCCAUUGCAUAUCAUCACCGAGGAUGCAGAGCCAUCAGAUUCAGAGUCCUCCCCGAUUUCUCGCCAUAACCCUGCCUCCUCAUCGACCUCUUCACUCGUGUCAUCAAGGCAUUCACCUUCCAAGCCUCGAAUCAGCCUAUCCGCGUUCGCCUUCUCGAUAGACGAGGCCUUGAAGAUCGUCGGCGGCUCCAGGUCCAGAGCCCCUGUCCCUCCCUCUCUGUCUUCUUCGUCUUCGACGUCUGGCAGCAGCGACUCGCUUCCCCUCCGCACCCCCGUUACAUCAGAUGGCGAGUCAGACUGCGAAGAGUCUUCGUUCGCUCUCCCUUCUCCCCGUCUUCGCCCCCGUCCUGUCACCAUCCGCCCUCUGUAUAUCUCCAAGUCUCGCAGUCUCGACAUUGCAGACUCGACCAGCCUCGAGCUCGAGGAGCUCGAAGAGGGCCGGUACGAGUACACUGACCUGCCCACUUGCAUCAUCACGCCGACACCCGAGAUGGAGUUCGAGUCCGACAUCAUCGAGUCCGUGAAGGAGAGCAGCACCGAGGACGACCACGACUUCUACACACGCCAGUUCGCGGACUUUAUCUCCUUGUACUCGCCCCUCCCGCCCUCGUUCCCCGUCGGCCCAAGCGCAGCAGGUGAGGUGCGCCGCGAUUCGGCGUCGCUGCCUACGAUCCCGGAGGUGUCUGUUACUGAGGAGGAGCCUUCGCCUGUCAGCGAGCUGGCCUACACGCAAGAGAAGAAGCCACUGAAGAAGGUGGGCCGCAGCCGGCACAGCAAGCCUCUGCCCCUUCUCCCCCCUCCUUCUGCCACGUCCUCCGUCUUCCGCCACUCGCUCCUCUCCGUACCAGUGCCCAUCAUCCGCCAGCCGGUGCCCAAGCGCGUCAUUCCGAUCUCUUCGCUGCUGCCCCCGCCGCCGACGCCGACGCGUCCCCCUCCGAAGAUGUCUAUCCCGGAUGACAUCGAAUUCGAAUGUGAACCUGAACUGGCUGAGGAGCUGGUCGAGGUCGAGGUCGAAGAGGAGCAGGUGGAGGAGAACGGCGCAGACGAGUGCGCGAGCACACGUUCGCUCGUGGACGAGCCCCGGAUUAUUGUCGAGCGGGUGUACCAAUCGAGCCGGAACUCGCACCAGUCUCAGAGCCAGAGCCAACGCGACUAUUUGCAGCCGCGUGUCGAGUGCAGCGCCGACGCCCGGCUCAGUGCCCCCUUAAGCGAGGACGAGAAGUCGAUCUACUCGACGCUCUCGGCGUUCUCGUUCCCUUCGUCGCCUGUUGCCUGUGCCUCGAACGCCGGUAUCGACGUGGAUUUGAACGUGUCCUUCGCGCCCGAGUUCACCCCCGCCUUCUCGAGCACGCUGUUCUCGCCCAGCUUCCCGUCCUUCCCGUCCUUCCCUUCCACUCCGCGCUCGUCCUCCGAGGACGACCGCGGCGAAGAGGAGGAAGACGAGCCGCGUACGUCUCUGGACUCGGACCAUUCACAUCAGUCCUGCCCCGAGGCCGACGUCGACGCACAGGAGCUCGACAUGCCGCCGCCUCACCUCCGCUCGCGCUGGUCCAUGUCUACGCUCGCGAGCGCCGAAGCGGAGCGCGAGCACUUUUCGCUCCCUCACUUCUCCCUCUCGCCACUGAAGAAGACCGCAUUCUUCUCGCGCUCGUCGCGCGCGUCGUCGUCGCCCAAGUCACCCAAGUCGCCCAGCAAGAAGCUGCCGUUUGGUGUUUCCGCCAAGGACAACAAGGACAAGGACACCAAAGACAAAGACAAGGCAGCGGCGGAGAUGAAAGCCAAAGAUAAACAGUCCAAGGCAAAGACAGACGAGCGCCUCGCGCGCGCACGGCGCCUCUCGAACUCGCGCUCGCCCAUCACGACGCCGCGCCGAGAGUUCGCGCUCACAGGCGCACCGCCGCGCGCGCAGUCGCACGCGUUCGGCGCGAGCUUCCAUCUUUCUCCGCCGCCGCCUUCUUCUUCUGCAUCACACUUCGGACAUGCGCGCGGGCAUUCGUAUUCCCCCGCGUCGCCUUCUUAUUCGUCCGCAUUCCCCGCUGGUCCCUCGGGGCUUUCGCUCCAGGCCCAGCAGCAGCCUGCGAUGAAGCAGGUCGUGCGCCGGAAGGAGAGCAGGUGGAGCACGUCGAGCCACGGCAGCGCGCACUCGAGCGUCUGGGGCGGGUCUGACUGCGGCAGCUGCGUGUCGGACGGGAGCCAGGGGCUCAGGCGGAAGCCGAUUCCCGUCGAGAUGUUUUUGCGCGCUUGACGAAACAAAUCAAAAACUGCAGCUGGUUUUGUAUACGUUUCUCUGGACGGUUUCUCUCGCCUGUUUGGUUUUCUUCUAUGUUUUCUACUUGAUUCGUUUUUUGUUGGUCACGUUGCACCACCUCGCACCCGAUACCUCAUAUACAUUACGCCCGCUAUGCGUCCUUCGAUCUUCGUUGUUUUCUAAUGCCUUUUUCAAGAUGUCAUUUCUCAUGAUCUACCCCAUGGACACGUCUACUAGACUCUUUGCAUAUAUCCCUCAUCCCUCAUCAUCAUAC